UGCAUGGUGCAACAUGUGUUGGAUAAUUCCAGAACAAGCGUCGCAGUUUUUUUGCUGUUGCGGUCUUAAGACAAGCAGUUCUGCUGGACCUGAGCUCUAGCUUUACCCUGGACACGCCGUCUGGAAGUCUAAAGACACCCGGAGAUUUUACAUCUUUUAGCUAUUCUUCGCUGUCCAACAGUUCGGGGAGUCUGUUUCGAUAUUAAACGCUGCGGACGUUUUAUUAGAUUCAGUUAGCCGAGUUGUCAAAAUGUUGAGUGUCACCAGAAGCGUUUCAAGGACUCUCCCGACAAGGAACUGUACAAGAAAUGUGUCCUCUUUGAUUAAGAAGGCAUGCUGGAGUGGCUUCCAACCAGACACACUCAGAGUUCUGUCCAGGAGGGACUAUGCGUCAGAAGCAGUCAAGGGUGCAGUCAUUGGCAUUGACCUGGGAACCACCAACUCAUGUGUCGCAGUCAUGGAGGGGAAACAGGCCAAAGUGUUGGAGAACGCAGAGGGAGCCAGGACAACUCCGUCAGUCAUCGCCUUCACAGCAGAUGGGGAGCGUCUGGUGGGCAUGCCCGCUAAACGCCAGGCUGUCACCAACCCUCACAACACACUAUAUGCCACCAAGAGACUGAUUGGACGUCGCUAUGAUGACGCAGAGGUCCAGAAGGACCUGAAGAACGUCCCCUUCAAGAUUGUACGUGCAUCUAACGGUGAUGCUUGGGUGGAGGCUCAUGGGAAAAUGUAUUCCCCUAGCCAGGCUGGAGCCUUCGUCCUGAUGAAGAUGAAGGAGACUGCAGAGAACUACCUGGGAACCAAAGUGAAGAACGCUGUGGUCACUGUACCAGCGUACUUCAACGACUCUCAGAGACAGGCUACCAAAGAUGCUGGUCAGAUUGCUGGUCUGAAUGUACUGCGUGUGAUCAACGAGCCAACAGCCGCUGCUCUGGCCUACGGCCUGGACAAAACCCAGGAUAAAAUUAUUGCUGUGUAUGAUCUGGGUGGAGGUACGUUUGAUAUCUCAGUCCUGGAGAUCCAGAAAGGAGUUUUUGAGGUGAAGUCCACCAACGGCGACACCUUCCUGGGUGGAGAGGACUUCGACCAGCACCUCCUCAAACACAUUGUCAAGGAGUUCAAGAAAGAGUCUGGUGUGGAUCUGAUGAAAGACAACAUGGCUCUUCAGAGAGUCCGAGAGGCUGCUGAGAAGGCCAAGUGUGAGCUGUCCUCUUCACUGCAGACUGACAUCAACCUUCCCUACCUGACUAUGGAUGCCUCUGGUCCCAAACAUCUCAACAUGAAGCUGACUCGCGCUCAGUUUGAAGGGAUCGUGGCUGACUUGAUCCGCCGCACCGUGGCUCCCUGUCAGAAGGCCAUGCAGGACGCAGAGGUGUCCAAGGGAGACAUAGGAGAGGUGCUGCUGGUUGGCGGCAUGUCCCGUAUGCCCAAGGUUCAACAAACGGUUCAGGACCUGUUCGGACGCGCUCCCAGCAAGUCUGUCAACCCUGACGAGGCCGUUGCCAUAGGAGCAGCCAUCCAGGGUGGUGUUUUGGCUGGUGAUGUCACUGAUGUGCUGCUGUUGGAUGUGACACCACUGUCACUUGGUAUUGAGACCCUGGGCGGAGUCUUCACCAAACUCAUCAACAGGAACACUACAAUUCCCACGAAGAAGAGUCAGGUGUUCUCCACAGCAGCUGAUGGACAGACUCAGGUAGAGAUCAAGGUGUGUCAGGGAGAGAGAGAGAUGGCAACAGAUAACAAGGUGCUGGGUCAGUUCACUUUGGUGGGAAUCCCCCCUGCCCCUCGCGGUGUUCCUCAGAUUGAGGUCACCUUUGACAUUGACGCCAACGGCAUCGUCCAUGUCUCCGCCAAGGACAAGGGCACAGGCCGAGAACAGCAAAUUGUGAUCCAGUCAUCAGGAGGUCUCAGUAAAGACGACAUCGAGAACAUGAUCAAGAAUGCUGAGAAGUACGCAGAGGAGGACAGGAGAAGGAAGGACCGUGUGGAGGCCGUCAACAUGGCUGAGGGCAUCAUCCAUGACACAGAAUCCAAGAUGGAGGAAUUCAAGGACCAGCUUCCUACUGAUGAGUGCACCAAGCUCAAGGAGGAGAUCUCAAAGGUCAGGGAUCUUCUGGCCAACAAGGACUCAGAAACAGGAGAGAACAUCAAACAGGCGGCCACCACCCUGCAGCAGGCAUCGCUCAAACUCUUUGAAAUGGCAUACAAGAAGAUGGCAGCAGAGCGGGAAAGCAGUAACAGCAGCUCAGGCUCAUCAGAGGGAGAGAAGAAAGAAGGCCAGCAGUAGACCUUUAUACUUGGGUGUCACAGGGUUUCUAUGACAACAGAGGACUGUCCGGUUAGGAGGUCGAUGGGGAGGGUGGCAGUCUUGAGUGACAAGCUGAAUCAUAGUCAUUCUCACCGUAAUAUAUUAUUCUACUGUGUUUUGGCAGUAAAAUAUUCUAGCAAAAAGAUAAAUGUCAGUGUAUGCUCCUCCAUGUGUCCUAUGAUAUCUUGUCUGUUUGUAAUUUAAUUGUCUCAUAAACAUGUAUGUUUAUUUUUACAAAGCUGUUCAUUUACAUUAUGAGGUAGUAAAAGGUCUUUUAUUUUUUUGCAUUUUUUUUUUUUGUUUGUCUAAGACAUCAGGCAGGUUUCGUGUUUUUUGGCUCCAUCAUCUGAAGCAGUUCGGCUUGUUUAUGGCUCUGAGUAGUUUUUGUUGUUUGUGAAUUCAAAAGCUUGUACACUGUUCGAGCUUUGGUACCGGGAACAGCCCUACCUGGUCUACAUAAUGUAAUAUUGUACAGUGCUCUACGUCAAUUAUAGCUGUCUUGUUUGAAUGGCAAUGGCUAACUUGGAGGUGGGAAGUUACUGUACAAAAAUAUAUAAGUAACUUGACACUUCUCAGUUGUCCUGAGUGCACCCUAAAGACGUAUAAACUAACGCGAAACUGCAGUGAUGAGGUGAUUUAAUCAAUUUUAUUCUUGAAAUCUGUAAAAAUGCAUCUGCAGCACUCUGGGAGAAAUAAUGAUCAUCGUAUUUGUUCCUAUUUCUUCUCAUGUCCUGUGACAUUUAAACAGGCUUUUCAAUGCCAGAGGAUGUAAGGCUAGAGUAAACUUUCGUACAGACUAAUGGCGGGAAGGACAGACUAUAAAUAAAUAUGUCUGUGUGAGGCGGAGGUAAAACUUUAGUUAAUUUGUCUCAUUUUUGAUGUAAAAGAAUGGAAGGCCUUGAUCUGUCUUAAUUAUUUGCAUCCUCUUCUGCAGCAUUCAUCUUAAACAGAGCAGAGUUUUGACUGUGAAAUACAUGUCUGAAGGUAUUGCUGACUCCAGCUAAACUAAAUAUAAGUCAGUUGAAUCUGGAUGUUGAAAUUGUACAAUAGAGGAUGAGGCCUUAGAUUACUUCUCAUUUCAGACAGACAACAGGAGCAAGAGUUGGGAUGCAACAAAACAGUACAUGAAUGGGGAAAUUUAAUGAGCCCAGCCAUGUCAUUCUCCUCCAGAGGGAAGUUUUGUAGCUGCCGUAAAGUGCUCUGUGUAAUGUGAUUGUUGCUGUUUGCCUGCCUGAUAGUGAUCCCAGGAGCUCUACACAAGAAGGGAGCAAAGAGGCAGGCAGAAGGCAAGGUAUUGAAUUGAAAUUGGGGGGAGGGAUUAUAUUACUGGAGUGAAAAUUGAGGGUCAUGGAAACUUGCUGUCUUUUCUAAUAAAAAUCUGAAAUGUGA